AUGGCCGACCACACUCUCGAGUUUAACGAAAUGCUCACCAGUCACAUAUUCCCCUCACUCAGGGAUUUUCGAGCGCAGCUGGAACGAUUUCAACGGGAAACAAACACACGAUUCACGGUGCGUUCGAGCAAAAGAUGUCACUCGUUGCCAGCCAUUCGUUAUUCAAUGAUGCGUUACACGUGUCACCUAAACACUCCACGUCGCCACUCGAAAUCUGUCGGUUUGCGUCGCUCCUCAAAAAAAGGUGUCGGUUGUCCAGCACGAUUUUUUGUUGUCGGAAAGGCCGAUGGGAUACGGGUGACCAGUUGCAAACUGAAGCACAAUCACAACGUGCAAUUGUCGGUCGAGCGUGACCGGGUCCGGAAACAGCUUACUCAGAACGAGAAAGCCAAUAUGCGUUUGCUUCUGCAACACGCGUUCCCUCCGGCCGUUAUCAAAACCUAUAUUCAAGAGACUACCGGGAAAAGUAUCACCAAUCAAGAUGUGUGUAAUAUGCGAUUGGAUACCUGCUCGGCUUCGAUCGUAUUGGCUGUGACUCUCCCGGCAGAACUGAGCACCGGUAUUCCAUGCGUAGCACAUGUCCCAACCAACUUGAUUUGUGGAGGUCGACCACUUACUUAUUCCAGUGGGCGACGGCGGUUGCCUAAAACUCUGCGCCUGACCACAACAUUGCUCGUUCGCUUAACCCAGGAUGUCACAUUACAGCCGAUGGCGAUUGAGAUAAUUCCAACUGGUUAUCAAGAAAAAAAGCAAAAAGAUAUCACUUACUCCGGGUCUGUGCGUAUUUGUCGCUAA